AACAACGUAAGUGGAUUAUGCUUUUAUUCCUGUUUAUUGUUUUAUGAUUUCUGAUAUGUUUUGUUGUUUAAAUUCUCUGAAUGACCAGUAUAUCAUUCAUAUAUAUAUUUGUAUGUUUCGUAAUUGGAUAUAUGUUCACCUGGUCUUUGAAUAGAAACUACAAUGGUCAGAUGAGAUGACUCGUUUCUUGUUAGAACUGAUAACGCUGGAAAAACAAGAUGGAAAUUCUAAAGGAAAAAACUUGAGUGAGCAGGGAAAGCAAAAUGUUCUCAAAAAAUUUAAAAAACAGUUUCCAGUUGCGAUCACUUGGAACAAAGUGAAAAACAGACUUGAUACUUUGAAAAAGCAAUAUGAAAUCUAUCGUAGAAUUACUUUUGGGUCAACUGGUCUUGGAUUUAAUAGUAGAACAGGUAGUAUUGAUGCACCUGAGCAUUGGUGGAAAGACAAAAUCAAGGCUUACCCUGAAGCUUCGAAAUUUCGCUCACAUCCGUUGCGUUUUAUACCGCUUCUUGACGUGGUAUUUCGAGAUGAAACUGUCGUGGUUGAGGAGUCAUGGCAACCAAGACGUGGUGUAUAUCAUCGUACUCCACGAGUUGAGUUAAGUGAUGAAGAAGAAGUUCAGAUUCAAGAUUCACAUGAUCUUGAUCUUAUGGAACAAGAUGACACAGCCUGGUUAGAAACUCCAAUGAAAGAUACUCCAAAUGUUAUCGAGACAGAUCCUGUAAUGCCGUCACAACAAAGUAUGAAAGAUACAUCUCGCCGAAAGCGUAAGCGCAAUCCAGUGGACUCCACGCUCGAUCGUAUUGCUGCGACCAUGGAAGACCGAAAUGGUAUUCUAGAACAGAUGGCAUCAUCUACAUCUAAAUCAAAGUCAACAAAUGCAACUGAGGAACGUAUGGCUCUUGUUGUCAAAUGUGUGAGAGGAUUACCUGAUCUAAUUCCAAUGACAUAG